AUGACGUUUUUAUCAAAAUGGCGUUCCAUUUCAGUUAGAUUUUAUUCAACCAAUUUGAAUCUCACAACCGCCUUAUUCAACAAGUACGUUGACAGAACAAAUGUCUAUUCCUGGAACUCGAUCAUCGCCGAGUUGGCCCGGAAUGGCGACUACAUUGAAGCCCUCCGAGCCUUCUUAUCCAUGCGGAAACUCUCCCUCAAGCCCAAUCGUUCUACUUUUCCAUGUUCCAUCAAAUCUUGUUCUGCUUUAUGCGAUCUUACUUCAGGCAAACAAGCCCACCAACAAGCGUUGAUCUUGGGGUACAAUGCUGACAUAUUUGUUUCGUCUGCGCUCGUUGACAUGUAUGCCAAAUGUGGGGACUUAGAUGAUGCGCGAAAGGUUUUCGACGAAAUUCCCCAUAGAAAUGUGGUGUCCUGGACUUCAAUGAUAACUGGAUACGUGCAAAAUGAGCGUGCCCAUGAUGCAUUAUUGCUUUUUAAGGAGCUCCUGGUUGAAGAGGCGGGUGAGAGUGGCGUUAUGUGGAGCAGCCAAGCGGAGAAGGAGGUGUGCUAUCUUGAUUCGGUUUCCAUGGUUUCGGUUUUGUCUGCGUGUUCUCGUGUUUCGCAUAAGAGUAUUACGGAAAGUGUUCAUGGGUUGGCAAUAAAACGGGGUUUUGAAGGGGAGUUGGGUGUUGGCAAUACCUUGAUUGAUGCCUAUGCCAAGUGUGGAAAUGUUGGAUUUUCUCGGAAGGUGUUUGAUGGAAUGGAGGAAAAAGAUGUAGUUUCUUGGAAUUCGCUAAUUGCAGUUUAUGCACAACUUGGGUUCUCAACGGAGGCUAUCCAAGCAUUUCGUUCGAUGGUGAGUGACACAGAUGUUGAUCAUAAUGCUAUGACUUUGUCUACGGUGUUGCUGGCUUGUGCUCAUUCUGGAGCGCUCCAGCUGGGCAAGUGCAUACAUGAUCAGGUUAUUAAGAUGAGAUUUGAGGAUAAUAUAUAUGUGGGAACCUCAAUCAUUGACAUGUAUUGCAAGUGUGGGAGGGUUGGAAUGGCAAGGAAAGCAUUCAAUCGAAUGAAAGAAAGGAAUGUGAGGUCAUGGACUGCCAUGAUUGCUGGAUAUGGAAUGCAUGGACAAGCCAGAGAAGCUCUCGAUGUCUUCUAUGAGAUGAAUCAGAUGGGGGUGAAACCAAACUACAUAACUUUCGUGUCGGUAUUAGCUGCUUGUAGUCAUGCUGGCUUUCUAAAUGAAGGAUGGUUUUGGUUUAGAGCCAUGAAAGACAGGUUUUGCAUAGAUCCAGGCGUGGAGCACUAUAGUUGCAUGGUUGAUCUUCUGGGGCGUGCUGGUUUUCUUUCAAGGGCAUAUGAUUUGAUUAGGGAAAUGAAGACUCCGCCCGAUUUUGUUGUUUGGGGUUCUCUUCUCGCAGCAUGCAGGAUGCAUAAGAAUGUGGAGCUUGGGGAGAUUGCAGCUAGGAAACUAUUUGAAUUAGACCCAAACAACUGUGGGUAUUAUGUCUCGCUGUCAAACAUUUAUGCUGAAGCUGGUAGGUGGGAUGAUGUGAAAAGGAUGAGAAUUUAUAUGCAAAGUCAUGGAUUGGCUAAACCACCUGGUUUCAGUCUGGUGGAACUAAAAGGUAGAGCUCAUGUGAUUCUAGUUGGGGACAGAGAACAUCCUGAACAUCAGAAGACAUAUGCAUACUUGGAAGAACUAUAUGUGAAGCUGCAGGAAGCUGGCUAUGUAGCGGAUACAACAUCAGUUCUUCAUGAUGUUGAGAACGAAGAGAAGGGAAUGGCAUUACAAGUCCACAGUGAGAAGCUAGCUGUAGCUUUUGGAAUUCUAAACUCAGUUCCCGGUGCAACAAUCCAGGUGAUAAAGAAUCUUAGAAUUUGUAUGGAUUGUCAUACAACAAUACGAUUAAUCUCGAAGAUUGUUGAACGGGAGAUUGUGGUAAGAGAUUCCAAAAGAUUUCACCAUUUUAGAAAUGGUUUAUGUUCAUGUGGGGACUAUUGGUGAUCGUGUUAUAACCAAGUGAAAUAUUGAGGCAAAUUUAAACUGCACGCCGACAAGAUUUAAAUGCUUUUACAAGCCAUAUCCUCUAGUUUAGCGUCCAAAGAACUCAAAGCUUUGACCAUCUUUAUUCUUUUCUGGUGAUGGCAUUGCCUUAUCUAGCGACUUCUGACUCCACUUCUCCAGAAGGCAAAAGAGAAAAGGCAGUUUGCCCACCCAUUGUGGUAACUGAUUCACUACAUUAUGAAAAGAUUUCUUCAGUGCAAUUGCGGCAGCUGACUACAGCGUAUUGUAGCAGAGAGAAUUGGAAACUUACUAUUGAUUUAUAGAGUUCUGAGCUGGCAAAUUUUUGUAGAUCUGCUGUGCUUGAUAGUGAUUUAGAUGUGUAUAUAUUCGAAUGGAAUUUCCCAAUGUAAAGCCUUUACUGCUGAAUCAACGAAAGAGCAACGUUGUAGCUAGCAGAAAAUUUUGCUCAAUUAGAGUGGGUGACAAUUCA